UUCUCAUAAAUUUACACUCAAUAGGUACCAGAAGGCGCCUCGUGAGUUACGGGCAGCUAAAACGAAGGUGUGGUGGGACAUCAAAAGCUGCCCGGUUCCCGGAGGUUAUGAUCCUCUUCUUGUCCGUAGGAGUAUAGAAUCUGUCUUGUAUAAGAGAAAAUACCAUGGUCCUCUCACCAUCAUUGCCUUUGGCAACCUAGAAGACAUCCAUGUUGAAGUCCUGCGAGCCUACUCUGACACAUGCAUAAUUAUGAAACACGACCCGUUUUUUGAGUCUGCUUGUGCAGAUAUCCUAGGAUGUACAAGUAUCUCGACCAUUAUGAAGGAAAUGAGAAAUUGGAAAUACGUUAAUAUUUCAACCCCAGUGUUGUUCAUAUCCAAUCCCGAAUAUGCUUGCUACUUACAUUUCCAUAUGAAGGUUGGUGGAUCAAUGGGUGAUCGUGACAUUCUUCUCGCAUAUGAUUAUGAUCCUGACUUUAAACCUCCAAAUUUGACCUGGAAAGACUUACUUGAAGAUGCAAAGAUUGAUUGUGCUGGGAAGAGCAUUGAGGACACAGGUGAACCUGGCGGUGGUAUUUUUUGCGCAGUAUGCAUCACUUAUUGUGAAGGCGGUACCCGUGUUGAAGAUGGUGAUUUAACCACACAUCUCAGGAGUGAAACACGUGAAAUUGAAGUAAGCAUUAUCCUUCUUACUUCCUCUUAUUUGGUUUUUUGUAUCACAAACCAAUCUUUACUUGUCAACAGAUGUUUGGGAAGUUUUCUAAGACUCUAUUUGACGGCGAGUUGAGAUUAGCGUACAAGUGGGGUGCUUACCGUAAUAUACCUCUAGAAAAAAUUACUCAACUUCUGAGGAAUCACCCAGAGGCAAAUUUCUUUUUCUUUUUUCCCCAGAAACAAUGAAGCUUUAUUCUUUAAAUUUUGAAUUUGAUUGAAUUUUGAAUUAGAAUAAGAGAGUCCAAGGAGGGGAAGAUGAUUACAACCGAAUGAGCCUCUCUACCCAAGAGUAGCUCUGUCGCACUGUUAUGUACAUGAACGUACGAGAGACUUUGGAGAUGUUAAAGCAGCAGGAUGCAUAUCGUUUCUAGUUUUGUUGUCUCGUCGUGCUGCAAUGUACUUGAAUUUGAAUCUCCAAGAUCUGAGGAGUUUCUGUUGUUUUAUUGUUAUCUGCAUUUUCCUUCCUCCCAACUUCACUCUCUGAUUCUUACUUCCAACACAGAGAACUCUAUGCUCUGAACAUACUUAUUUUCUUUAGCUGUCAUGACUGUGGAACAUUCUUUGAGCUCUCUCUCUUCUUGCGCUUAUACUUGCAUGAUUUAUAAAACCAUUCCUGCAUCUCUAGCAAUUCGUGGCCAGCAAAGUUCAUCACACCCAUAACAGAUAGCAAACGUGCAUUCUGGUUCUUGACAAACUUGACAUCACAUUUUUAUCUCAUCACAACAGAUAUAUUUCCAUGUUUUUUUUCUCUAUCAUAUUUCUAUUCAAUACGUAGGUAUUUUUAAAAUCCUUUCUCCUCUACAGUUCAUAUAAAAAGAAUCAGAAAAUGGGGCCUGUUACGAAAGUCAACAAAAACAGAAGGAGCCGUAAUGUUUGAAAUUAUAAAAGAUGUGGGGCCCGCUGCACUAUUUGCACAGUAAAUUUCCUUCUAUAUAUACGAACGUUUGCGUUCGUUUGUAAACACACUAAAAACUCUUCUCUUCCCUUUAAUAAGAAACACUCUCUCUCUA